GCGGCUGCGGCUGCUGCUGCUGCUGCGCCCGGCACAGGAACAACGCCGCCUGGCAGGAGGAGGAACCGGGCUGCGGGAGGAACGGGGGUCGCUGAGCGGGCGAGCGGGGUGUGUGUGUGUGUGACUUGGUGUUCCGACCGACGGAGGCCUUAAAGCAUGUCAGGGAAAGGAGGACUUUAUGCAUGUGAAGAUCCAGCGUCCUGGAAAGCCGUUUUGAACAUUUACCAGAAUGUGAUUGAAGCUAUGGGAAGCAAGAAGAAGAAACUAAUUGCCUUGGAUCAGUGGUAUCAAGAAGAGUUGCCCGAAAUUCUUGCAGGGCGCAAGGAGAAAUACUUGACGAAAGACGAAUUGUUGAAACUCAUGGAAUGGAAGCUUACUAGAGGAAAAUUUCGCCCUCGCUUGCAGCAGCUGGUGGCUGCUAAUCCGAGCAAGAUGGUGGAGGAAUGUACCAGAGAAGCUUUCCGUCAGCUCCCAGAUGUAGAAGUGGCCGUAAAGGACUUGAAUGAACUGAAGGGCGUGGGGCCAGCCACGGCUUCAGCCAUUCUCGCUGCCGGAGCACCCGAAAUUGCUGCAUUCAUGGCGGAUGAAGUGAUGGAGACCCUCCCAGGCCUGGGUCCCCUCCAAUACACCCUGAAACAUUACCUUCUUUAUAUGGAUAAGAUUCAGAACUGCGUGCAGAAACUGAACAAAGGUAACACCACGGAAACCUGGACGGCUCACCUGGUGGAAAAAUGCCUCUGGACCUGGGCUUUGGCUCAAAAGCUGCGUUUGCCUUCCUUACCGAUUGUGACCCGAGAGGAAGACCAGGGAGAUGGUGGUGAGCGAGGAAACCGACCCAGGAAGAAGCAACGAACCAGAUGAAGGCUUCCCACCGCCUGCGAUUGUGGGAUAAACACCUGCUCCUCGGCACGUGAAUGGCAGAGCUGAGCAAACACACCCAAGGGACGGUUCAGCUCACUUUGGGACCAACCACGCCAGCCCACAACACUCCGCCCAGCACACUUUUCUCACAAACAGAAUGCGGUUUUGUGUUGACACCAAGAGGGUUAGAAACCCUGUUUGGUCGUCUUUCAAAGGAUCGGCAGGGAUCUGUCCAGUGAUGGGAUUCAAAUAAUUUAAACAACCGGUUCUCUGCCCUAAUGACUGGCUGCACACAGCUUCCUGUAAUCCCCUGGGAGCAAAAACAGUCUACGGGGUGGGGGGUACCGCUCCCCCUGCACCCCUAUUUGGGCUAGUAUGCUUCCCUGCAGCCUCCUGGGAGCAAAAACAGGGUGCGUGGGGACCGCGCCGCACCCCCCUGCGCUCCGUUUUGGGCCUAGUAGGCCUCUCUGCAGACUCGUGGGAGCAAAAACAGGGUACGGGGGGCUGCACCGCACCCCCCCCAUGUCAUUUUGGGUCUAGUAGGCCUCCCGGCAUUUGCCUGGGAACAAAAACAGGGUGCGGGGGGCUGCGCCGCACCCCCCCAUGUUGUUUUGGGGCUAAUAGGCCUCCCGGCAUUUGCCUGGGAGCAAAAAUAGGUGUGUGGGGACUCCUGGAAGAGGCGGGGCCAGCCAGUAAUUUAACAACUUGUUUGCCCGAACCGACUGAAUCCCACCACUGGAUCUGUCCAAAUGGUCCUGUUUUAAUAAUAUUGAAAUGGAUCAUUCUGUUACAAGCAACCUUCCCUUCCUUGCCUCAUCCCCCUCUACCUCCGUAGUAAUGGAUCCCACCCUCCCUGACUUGAUGGGGCAUGGGGAGGGGAACUAGAGAUCUAGAGUUCAAUUGGUUGAUAUUAGAAGCUAAAAGAUUUAACGGAACUGACAGGCUAAUAUAUACUGCACAUGCGGAAAUAAUUUUUUAUACAAUUCAGGACUUGGCUGAGUUUUCCUCCCUUAUUUUUUUCAAUAAAAGGGAUUAAAUGAUAUGAGUAGAACUUGACACAAUGACAAAAUUAAAAAGCUGCGCCAAAAGGUGCAGGAAAGACGAAAAAGAAAGAACAAAUAUUAAAAAUAGAAAAAAAGAAAUAUCUGCUUCCAACCUCAGCCAGUAUAAUCAACAUUAAGAACUUGCCACAGUCUCUUAAAAGAAAACCCAGUAUCUCUUUAAUCCACGUUUUCCUCCGGUUUCCAUAAACGCAUCUCUAAAUCCUCAUCUCUCGCUAUUAAACUGCAAAAGUCCAAUAGGGAUUAUCAGAAAUGACAACCUUAAGGAUUACCAAUUUUAUCUGUUACACGCAAGGUGAAUCCGUCCUUUGCCUUUACCAAAUUCCCCAGUCCUCUCUUUCAAAUAUAUAG